UAGAUUUUAUAUUCUGCUGUUUUCGCGCUAAUUUUCUUAGCUUACUGUAAUGCCAAAUGAUGACACCACCUACCUGCUGUCAAUAUUGCUAAUUGUUUUUUGUAGAUAACAAGGAUAACAAAAUUAAUGUUUGCAGAUGUUUGAAAAAUAAUGAUAAAUACUAAAGCAAUUAAAAAUGCUAGAAGGUUGAUCGAAAAAGUAAAAGAUGUCGAAUUUACGACCACGAAAAAACGUAGAUAAUGGGAAAGCCGUAGAGUCAACAGAAAGUGACUAUAUUGACACUGAUGAUGGAAUUCUGGAAAAAAGGAAGGUGAACCUAUCAGAAACGAUUGCAUCAGGAAGUAAAAGAACACCUGCUGUCUUGGAAAAAUUUGUUCAGAGCCUUCCAGAAAAAGGAAAAGUAUGGGUAGUAAGAGGGAUUUCAGCAAUAAUAAUGUUUUCCCUUUUGGGUUUGGUUAUCUAUGGGGGACCGCUAACUAUGUUAAUAACUAUUAUGGUAGUUCAAGUCAAAGCCUUUUCAGAAAUAAUUAAUAUAGGAUAUGCAGUAUACAGGGCCCAUGGCUUACCCUGGUUUCGAUCUUUGUCAUGGUAUUUUCUAAUUACUUCAGAUUAUUUCUUUUAUGGGGAAUUUCUUAUAGAUUCAUUUGGAGUAGCCUUAAGUAGAACAGAUUUUCUACAAUUCUUGGUUACCUAUCACAAACUAAUCUCUUUAACUUUGUAUUUGGUUGGCUUUGUAUGGUUUGUGCUAAGCCUUGUAAAGCGUUAUUACCUCAGACAAUUUGCACUUUUUUUCUGGACUCAUAUAACUUUGUUAAUUGUGGUAAGCAUUGCACAUGCGUUCAUUCAAAACCUAUUUGAAGGAAUUAUAUGGUUUAUUGUUCCCAUAUUAAUGGUAUGUUGUAAUGAUUUGAUGGCAUAUGUGUUUGGAAAAUUGUAUGGCAAAACUCCAUUGAUACAGUUAUCUCCAAAGAAGACAUGGGAAGGUUUUAUUGGAGCUGGAAUUAGUACAAUAAUCUUUGGGAUGAUAAUAUCCCACAUUUUUUGUAACUACAAAUAUUUUGUAUGCCCUGUACAAUACGACGAAGCAGAAGAUAGAAUGACUUUGGAGUGCCAACCAGGAGAAAUGUUUGUUCCUAAAGAGUACAAUUUACCUCAAUUUUUAUCAAACAUAUCAAAGCUGUUUGGUUUUGGUGAUAGCAUAGUAUUGUAUCCGUUUGUUUUACAUUCCUUUUUCCUGUCUGUAUUUAGUAGUGUAAUUGGACCAUUUGGGGGAUUUUUUGCAUCAGGGUUUAAGAGAGCAUUUAAAAUUAAGGAUUUCGGCGAUGCAAUUCCUGGUCACGGUGGUAUAAUGGAUCGUUUGGAUUGUAUGCUAUUAAUGGCCCUUUUUGUAAACGUUUAUUUCAAAACAUUCCUAAAUCAUGAUACUGUACAAAAGAUGUUUCACCAAAUUCAUAACUUAAAUGCAGAGCAACAGCUACAGUUGUACCGAAUGUUGCAGGAAUCUCUCCAAAACAAACAUCUACUUUAGGCAAGCUACAAUAUUUUCAGUUUUAUCUAAAUACCUAAAGGUAGUUAGGCUUUCACGGCUGGCAUUAUCUGAAUAAUGCUUGAGAUUCGGGCUUGACGGUCGUGGUCUAGGAUUGUUUUUCUGUCGGUG